UGUCCUUUCCUUUUACAGAGUAUGUGAAGACCCUAGGACUUCAUUACUUGAGAUUGAUAAUUUGAAAAUGGAUCCAAACACAAAUGUGGACGAGAGAAAAGAACACAAUGGUCAUCCCAAAAUGAUGUUUUCAGAGGAAUCUUUGUCAAAAACAUCUGAUAAAUGUUCAGAUAAACAAUCUGACUCACAAAAUCUGUUUAAAAAUGGAACAGAUAUCGCAAAUCACGAAGUCAGUCAGGUUAAAAGUGAACGGAAUUCAAUUUCACCAGACAUGUCUUCUUGUCCAAGGGUUGGUAAUAGUGUUGGCCAGCAACAAGCUGUGUGUGAGGAGGAUGAUAGAAAAAGUAAUGGUAUGAUAGAUUCUCACACAGAGAGUGGGUAUUUGACUGAUUCUGUGAUAUCUAGGGAAAAGGAGUCCGCACACGACAGUGCUGGUUCAAAUACCAGUAAUAGUUCGGAGCAGGACAUUACUCCUUGUGCUGAAAAUUUGAUAACGUUCAGUACGUCAAGUAGUAACAUGACCAGUCCAGUGUCACCUUACUCUGAAGAAGCAUCUAUUGACACUGAAAACAGUGCUUCUCAUAACACUGAUCAUGUUUAUUUUGAUUCUGAUGACACGUCGUCUGGACCAGAAGAUCAUGCGGGUCAGGUGAAUAAAAUUUAUGAUGAAUGUACAGCAAUUAUCGAUCAAACAUCUAGAAUAGAGAAAUUAGACAUAGACAGUCUGGCUCGUAUGAAUUUGAACUGUGAUACUAAUGACCUCAUGAGUAUUGACAAUAUUAUUGCAACUAAUUUUGCGCCACCUAGACCCGAAAGCUUAUUAAUGAAAAGUGGGACUAGGGGGCGGAGUCAAAGUGAGGUUUGCGAACCAUACAGUGAUAAGUUUAACCUGCCCUGUGAUAGUGAUAUUAAAUUUGAAAGCAGGAAACGGAAUAAAAGUUCGGGAUUUCCAAUUCCCCGGCAGAAAGAAGGUGUAAUGAUAUCAGAGGACAUGUUGUCAAAAAGCCUUCCUCAUGGUAAAGUGGUAAAAAGUGACAGUGGUCUCAUAGAGUUUAUAGCAGACGAUUUGCAGGAGAAAAUACGCAGAAGCAGUCCUAUGUCAAAAACAGCCUCGAGUGAUGUGAGCAGCCGUAGAUCGAGCAUGCUCAGUUUGACGAGCGUUGACAGUAUGGCCUCGUCCUCCAUGGCAACCUCAAUGACAUCUGGAAUGUCAAGGUCGUAUCCACAGUCCCCAGACUGUAUCCCUCCAAUAGACCCAAUUGCUGUACACGAGAUAGAGAACCAGGCUAGAUUGGUGGCAGACGGUCUUGAUCUCAUGAUGGGAAAUCUGAGAAACAAUCUUCACCAGAUGUCUGCGAUCAGUGUUGGAUGUGAGGAGGCAUAUAAAACAUCAGUUGAUGUCACAUGCGAUUCAGUGGAUGCCAGUAUUAAGUCAAUGUAUGCAUUGAUGGCAAAGUGCGAGGAGUUGUCUAUGUCAAUGGAACCUGUAUAUAAACUUGCCGACCAAAUUAAAGAAAUCAAGCGUUUGCUGGAUAGGUUUGAGAGUCAGGUAGGAGAUAAGCCAUGAUGUACAGUAUAUCACACUUGGUUAUUAGUAACGCUCGUUAAUAUAUGUAUACCUGCAGCAUUCCAUUGGGUCCUGAAUAUGUAUCAUAUCUUAUUAUAAAAUCAUCAAUUUUGUGCAGUAAUUGGUUAACUAAAUUUAAUAGGUGUUAGUCUAUAACUGCACUAAGGUAAUGAAAUGGAAGUCUUAGUUGUAAAUCUUACAAUGUUCCCAAGGGAACUCCCAGUUUCCAGAAUUUUUGCAGAAAGUCUUGUAAAAAAAAUGCAAGAAGAGUAACUUUGUACUGAGUUUAGAUAUAUAAGCUAUUUCAUGUAUGAAAUAUUGUGCAGUAUAACAUAAAAUUUGCAUAUUUCGGAAUCUGAAAUAUCAAAUAUAGCUGAGUAUCCCAUACAAUGAACAAAGAUGGACACUCUGUACAUUUUGUAUAGUAGAAGAUUGAUACAUAUGUAUGGAAUGAGGCUUCUUUUAUGUAUGAUAUUCUAUGGAAUUAUUUAAAAUGGUAAGAUUGAGAACAUUGAUAUAUGUGGUGACAACGUGUUAAUGUGGACCAACUGAAUCACUGUACAUGCCAGACAUCUUAAACGAGUAUCUUGUACCAUGCAUGAAGUGAGACCCUAUGUACUAUGUUAUCUACAUCAAGCUUUUUGGAUUAUCUUCUAAAAUAUGUGAAGUAAGACACUGUGUACAUGAAGCAUCAUGAAGUAACUUCUACUGUGUAUGAAGUAAGACACUGUGUACAUGAAGCAUCAUGAAGUAACUUCUACUGUGUAUGAAGUAAGACAUUGUGUACAUCAAGCAUUGUUGAGUAAUGUAUGAAGUAUGACCAUUUGUGCAAUAAUUUCUACAAUGUGUGAGUACAUGUAAGGCUAGCAUGUACAUAUGUACAUCAAGCAUCGUAGAGUAACUUAAACAAUCAAUGAAGUAAGCCACCUGUGUACAUCAAACAUUGUUGUGCAAUUUUAAUUCAUAAAGUAAGAUAUUAUGUACAGUAAGCAUUGUUAAGUAACUUUUACAGUGUGUGAAGUAGACACUAUGUGCAUUAAGCAUUGUAGAAUAGCUUUACAAUGUACAAAGUAAGACACUGUACAUCAAGCAUUGAACAGCAACUUUUGCAAUGUAUUAACACUAUAGACAAGUUAAACAUUGACAUUACCACCUUGUGUAUAAUUGGUACAGUCAUAUGAGCCGCGUCACGACAAAACUAAUAUAAUGGGUUUGCGACCAGUAUAGAUGGGAUCGCACUGUCUGAUCAGGAUCCAUGCUGUUCGCUUACCAACCCUAUAACAAGGAGAGAAUCUGACAGCGAACAGCAUGGAUCCUGAUUAGACUGCGCGGAUGCGCAGGCUGGUCUGGAUCCAUGCUGGUCGCAAACUCAUUAUGUUGGUUUUGUGGUGACGCGGCUCAUAUAUAACAGAUACAUUUGAGCCAUAUAUUUUUGUUUAGAAUAGUUAUUUAUUCUAUCUCUUUUGUGUGAUUGAAGGUUUCAUGAAAAAACAGAGAUUACAUGUAUAUUGUUUUAGUCAAGAUCUUACAUUGUUAAAGUGCCAUACCACCAAUUUAAUAUACGUAUUUAGUCAACAAUCAAAAUAGAUAUGAUCAUAUUUGUUCAUUAAUGAUAAAAAGCUACAUUCACACAUAGUGAACAUAGAGUUGUUUUAUGAUACUGUUUUUAUAAUAGAUAAAAAUUAUUGAAAAGUUAGCGUCACAAGUUCCGUAAAGUGUUUAAUUUAUUUGUUAAUAAUGCUGUAGAUAAAAUGUAGAGUUUUUUAAAAAAAUAAUGUCAAUGUUUAAAUUGUAAAAAAAAAUAUUAUGACAUAGAAAAUUAAAAGGUAGAUCAAAUUUGAAUUUGAUGUUCAUUUUAAGUGUGGGCUCCCAUUCUCAAAGGAACCCUUAGCUAUUCAUUCUAGGUUAAACACUGUUAUGUCAUUUUUAUAACAGGUGUUUUGUAUUUUUUUAUGAAAAACAAAUUUUACGAGUUUAAUAUUUGUAUAUUUUGGUUAAAGAUGUUAAAAGUAUAUCUGUAUAUGAAAAGUGCAAAAUAAUAUGUUGAUAUGUAAGUUAAAAUACAAUUUAUGUCUUUCAGUAACGCUUCAAUGAUGAUCAAGUUUUAAUGUACCUAUGUUUGCAUAAACAAGCAUGCCUCCAGAUUCAUGCAGUUUUAAUAGAAUUUUGAAAAUGUAUUGAAAAGUAAAAUAUUGUGAAGUGAACCAAGAUAUGAAUUAAGGCAUUGCAAACUGUGCUUACAAUCCACAUAAAUUACCAAAAAGAGGGCGAAAUAUGCAAAAAUAGCCCAUACUGUGUUUAAGUCACACAGUAGAAAUAGAAAAUGAAAAGCAGUCGUUCAUUGAAAAUAAUAUGUAGAUUAUUACUUGAAUUAUGAAAAUUUUACUCUUCUUUAAAUCUUAGAACAUUUUUCUUAAGUUUGAUUUUCUUGCAAUAUUUUGGCUUAUCUGGUGGCAUGCAGCUUUAAAAGUGAUGGUUUUAAAUAUUUCUACCGUCUUUAAUUUAUAUAUGUAUUAUUUAAUCAUGACAAUGUUGUAUUUAUUUUCAUAUUAUACAGCCAAGACUUGUUUGUCAAAUUGUAAAGAGAUUUUGUGUAUAGUUUUAAGCAGUUAUGUUUUUCUGUCUCAUUUUUUUUUCCAGUAACAUCAAUAUUUGACCCCUUUGGUAUUUCAGGAAACAGAAUAUUUUUAAGGUUAAAUUAGUUAAGAUUGUUAAAUUAAUCUUGAAGUAAUGUUGUAACUUUAAAGUGAUGACUUUUCAGAGCUUAUUUUUAUCACUAUGAAAUAAUCGUCUCCUGGAACAGUCAGUUUCAGAUUGUUACCACCCCUCCCCCCCCCCCCCCCC